AUGAGGAGUCGAGAUGGUGGCCCAGGCCAAGGCGAAGGUGAUGGAGAACUGGAGAACCGUGCGCUGACCGGGGCCUACGCGAUGUAUCCGAGCCUCAGCAAUGCCUGGAGCUACGAGCUGGCGAUGAACACCACGGCAGCUUUUGCAAGCAGGAUGAGGACGUUCUUGUGGAAGAAGUUGUUGUGGCAGCUGAGGGCGAAGAGAGCCGUGGAGGCCGAGGGCGACCGGAGGUGGAAACGCAGCCCGAGGUGGUUGAGCCACCUCUUUGCCAAGGAGAUCGGCGCUGCCUCACCCAGAAGACAGGGCCAUGAGGCAGUGGCGGCGGUGAGGCAGGCAAGCUCCCGGUUGAUGGAGCUGUUUACGGUUGUGAGCGUGCUCUCCGCCUGUGCUUGUGAGCGUCCUGGCUGGCGGGUGCUGGAGUGGCAAUCGGUGGCUCGAGGCCGCGAUCUUCGACAACCAGGCCCUGCCAAGGACUUGGUGGACUUUGUGCGCCGCGAGAAGCCGGUCCUGCUGGUGAUGAUGCCGCCGAGCCAACUAUGGUCGUCCUGGACACGCUGUCGCCUGGAGGACUCCAUCAGCUUUUAUGGGAGGCUCGUCGCCAGGAGCUGGGCCUUUGGCGUCUGUGCGGGGAACUCUGGAAGGCCAUCGCACAAGCCGGAGCACCAGCCGAUUCGGGGGACCGUGACUGUCGAUGGCAAGGUGCUGGAGCUCUCGAGGCUGGCGAUCGUCUGGCGGGCCGCCUGGGGUCAGAACGUUUUGGAAGAGAGUGAAAACGGAUGGGAGAAAGGGGCGAGUGCCAGCGGGCCUUGGUCGCUGUCCCACGAGCACUUGCGGGACGAGCUGGCCAAGCAGUCAAUGACCGGGGAGAGGUACGACUACAUUCUCUUCCGGGGCAGACUUGCAGCAGCCCCGCCGCCUUCGAAGCAUGGUGGCCCACUUGCACGUCACCAUGGGGUGUGUGCGAUGGUCCGACCGCCCCAGGCGCAACCGCAGGUGGCUUACCACAAGCCCAAGGCUUUCAACGAAAGGCUUUCGGGCGAUUCGUUCUACAUCUGGGACAGUGUGGGGAAGAAGUUUGCGGUUACACACUUCAUCGAUGGCCUGACCGACUACCACAUCGGCGAUGAACGAUUUGUUCUCUGUGGUGCACGAGGUGGUGCCAGAAGGCGCCAAGUGGCGCAUGGACAUGCCGAACGCCACGGGGCCAUGGUGAAGGGCCUCGGGUUGAAUGGUGUGGCCGAAAUGCGGCGGGCGGCCUUCUCAGCCUUUGCAGCAAAGAAUCGGACGCUGAACAAAGGGGGCGUUUCGCCCAUUAUGCAGGCUGCGACCGGCCGCAACAACAUGGUGCCGGGAUCCUUGAUGGAGCAGCUGGCCAGUGGGAGGAUGCGCUUCAGGUACAACGAGGCCGCGACCACCAAGGAGGCAGUGGCCCGAGCGGAACGCAUACGCAUUGGCGCGCUGGAGGCCUUUCACUGGUUGGAUGCCAGUGACGCUUUGCGGCGAGCUCUGGCUGCCAAGUCCCGACCGCCACAGAUGGAGGGCUUGCGAGAAGGGGCGGUGGUUUAUCUCUACGAGCCCCCGGCCUCCCGCAAAGGGUUUGGCCAGGCGGAUGCAGGAUCAUGCCAGCUGGGUUGGACCUGGCAUUGUGGUGUGCGUGGAGAGGGACAAGCCUGUCCCGCAGCGAGUCUGGGUGCGCCUACGUGGACGUGUGAAGGCCUACCCGCUGGAGAAGAUCCGCCUUGCAACACGACGGAGGAGAUGGUCAGUGCCGACUACGUCAACCAGGCCCUGACCGAGGUCACGAAGGAGCUCGAGGGCGGUCAGCUGAAGGUCGAGGAAGCCCACCCCGAGCCCGAGGAUGCCUCUCGUGCUAAAGAGGCUGACUCAACCUCCUCGAGCUCAAGGGCGAGACCGCCGAGGACCAGCGCGAGCGAGAGGAGCGGUAAGCUCCUGGACGACGUGCCGUUCGCCCUGAAGCGCACAAUUGCUGAGAGACAGCAGGAGGCCACCGCCGGGACCAUGGAGCCGCAUGCGUUGGACUUUGCGAAGAAGCAGAAGUUGUUUGAGUCUUUGGCCAACUCCUUCGAGCCUCCGACCACGUUGCAGGAGGCUGAGCUACGCAAGCAGAUGGAGGACUCUUACCUCCAUGUGAAGAAGGUUCGGAAGGCAAUCCUGGCCAAGCCGAAGGGCCGGGCGGGACGAACACGUGGACCUCGCACUCAAGGGCGACAAGCGGAGCAGCUCACGGCGGCGUUGACCCAGGAGCCCAACCAAAUGAUGGUGACCGCGGAAGUUGAUUUGCCGGAGGCCUACUUCAAGCCAGGGGAGCUGACGGCGAUCAUCAACGACACGGUGAGCGCUUGCAUGAUUGCGGCAGAGAUGGACGGCGUGACGGAGGUGACCACCGGGAAGGCCGUGGACGUCUACUUGGACCACAAUGGGAUCCGCGGCGUGCCGCUGGGGCAAGUGGCGGGCCCCCAGCUCACCGAAGCAGAGCUGAAGGCUAGGUGGAUCUUCGGCGGUCACAAGGAUCCGGACGCCGGCCUCUAUCCGACUUCGUCGCCUACGGCAAGUGUGCUGGGCCACAACUUGCUCAACUUUGUGGCGGUGCAGAAGGGCUGGACUGUGCACUACGAGGAUGUCUCCUCGGCUUUUCUUCAAGGCAAGGACCUGCCCUGCACCGAGAAGAUCUUCGUGAAGGUGCCCGCCGGCUACCCUCCCGAGGUCCUGGGCGCAAACAUGCGCAGCGAUCUGGUCGAGUUGACCAAGGCAGGGUUUGGCCUGCCGGAGAGCCCACGUCUGUGGUACCUGGAGUACCGUGACACCAUCCAAGGCUUGGGUCUUCGGGAGCUGGUUCUGGUGCCAGGUUUGUUCCGGUUCAACGAGAAGGGCGAGCUCAAGGCGAUGGCCAGCAUCCACGUGGACGAUACGCGCUUUGCUGGCGAUGACUCCAGUGAGGUGAUCUGGACCAAACUGCACGAGGCUCUCAAGUUUGGGAAGCUGCGGAAGGCCACGGAAGGCUGGCAAAAGUUUUGUGGGCGCUGGGAACGACAGUGUUCCAAGCCGUGGGCCCUCGGAGUCGUCAGCGAGAUCCACGAGUACACCUACCACCAGGCCGUCGGAGUCACCAUCGAGAUCCGCAAGUACACCUACCACUGGGCCAUCGGAGUCGUCAGCGAGAUCCGCAAGGUCACCUACCACUGGGUCAUCAGACUCUUGGAGGAGCGCAUCAACCAGGCUGAGGUCGUCGACGAGCUUACUGAAGGUGAUCGCAAGCUGAUUGGGUCGAUCGUUGGCCAGUUGAACUGGGCUGCCCGUCAAAGCCGCUACGACCUGUGCUACGUAGCUUCCCUGGUGCAGCAGCUGGCGGGCAGGGGCCGUCUGGAUGCGCUACGAUGGCUGGCCCAAGGUGUUUGGCGCUCUCAAGAGGACGUGGUGAGCCGUGUGCCCAAUUUGGGCUGCCCGCUGGAGGACCUCCUUGUCUUAUCUGUGAGCGAUGCAGCUUUUGGUGCUAUGCCCGGGGGCGGUAGCCAAGGGGGCAUCUUGAUCAUGCUAGCCUCGCCAGCCGUUUUGGAAGGCAAGGCUCCGGUUUGCAUCCUGGAGGGCACCAGCAAUAAGAUCCACCGGGUCGUGAGGUGUUCUAUGUCUGCAGAGGUCUCCAGCCUGGCCACGGCCUUCGAACACGGGGACUAUGUGAGGGCCGUGUUUUGCGAACUGGUCGACUCUCGCUUCGACAUCUCUCGAUGGAAGGUGUGCGCCUCCAAGUGGAAGCACAUCCUCAUUACGGAUGCUCGCACGGGCUAUGACGCACUCAGUGCUGAGACACUCCCGUCUGAUCGGAAGAUUGCGAUCGAUGUGGGCGUGUUGCGUCAAGGUCUGCUCAACGAGGACGACAACAACUUGGUUCGCUGGGUGCCGGGAUCGCAUAUGCUAUGCGACGGCUUGACGAAGUGGGGCCACAACAAGGUGCUGACGGACCUGAUGGUGAACGGUCAGUGGUCGCUGAUCGACACCCCGGAGGCACAAGAGCUACGACGGUUAGCAGCUGCCAAACGCGCUGUUUGGCGAAAGGCCCAAAAGCAAGGCCAGUGA